AGGUGACGUAUCAAAGAGUUUUAGGCAUCCAUUUCAAGUUUUGUUGGUGGGUGCUGAGUUUUUUGACAUCUCUUAAUCCUAAAAGAAUGAAACUACUACAAGACCUUCCCCCCAAGAACACCUCUCCCUCUCCCUCUCUCUCUCUUUCCCUUUCUCUCUCUCUCUCUCUGUAAGUUGUCAACUACAAGUCUACCAACCAAACAAGUCAACCAACAAACUUACUUCCCAAAGUUUGGUGGGCAAAAGAACAUAUAGGCAUUCACAUAAACUUAAAUUUCCCUGUGGAUGUUUCAACCCUCCCUCUCAUUACAGUUUUUCCUAAACUUCUGUCAUCCUCAGUUCUCUAUCUUCUUCCUGUUUCAGUGCUGCCUCUAACCUUUAGAGGAAACAUGAACAAUCAUCGUCAGCAGAAACAUGCCAAACUCCCUCCACUAGAAUCUGAAGAAGUCAGCAGCACUAGGUGGCAGUUUAUAACUAUGACAGCACAAGAGGAAGAUCUUAUCCAUAGAAUGCAUAAGCUGAUUGGAGAUAGGUGGGAUCUGAUAGCAGGCAGAAUUCCAGGGCGGAAACCAGAAGAAAUAGAGAGGUAUUGGAUAAUGACUCACCUUGAAGGGUUUGGAAAAAGAAGAAGAGGAUGAGAGAGACAGAGAGAUAUAGGAAGUGAGGGCUCAGUCAAGAAGUCUUUAAAGACUUCUAAUGGGUUCUUUCCUUCCUCUUUUGAGGUUUCCCUGAAGAAAAGCAUGUCCUAAUAACUUUAGUGUAUUGCAAGUACCCUUCUAAGAACACAUGGUAUGGAACUGAGCUAUUUUUUAUCUAUCAAAUAACACAGCAGAAUUUAUAAAG